UACUUCAAAGCCAAAGAAUUAUUUCAACAAGGUUUGGAACUCGCCUCAAAAAUACCCAACGAAACUACAGAUGAGAUCCUGCGCAAACACGAAGGUGACAUUUUCGAAGCGACAAAAUAUCUCGUCGAGGCAUUCUUGGUGGAUGAGAAGGCUACUGACAUGUCGCCGAGGAUCAUGUCGCUCGCGCAACAGUAUGAGAAACUCCUGAAAUUGCAAUAUGGUGGUGAGGACAACGAAAGAAGGGAGGAGAUUGAUACUCUGGAGCCGGAAUUUACUAGAGAGUCACUGAUAUUGGUUAUUUGGCUGUUAUUCAACGGCAAACAAUUCCAAUUCUGUAUCCAAACUCUCUCAAUUGCGCUCAACCAACUCGAACCGUCUCUUCAUCCCCGUCUUCUUCAACUUCGAGCAUCAUGUUACCUCGCAACCGGCGACAACAAACUAUGCAUCAAAGACCUGGAGCGACUCGUUGCGCUCAAUCCGAAUUUCGUUGACGCAUAUAGUAUUCAAGGCUUGAUAUAUAUGCAACAAGACGAUCGAGUCGAGGCUGUGCGUGCCUUCAAAUCCUACAUCGAAAAAGCGAAUAAGGAUUCGAUUGGUUAUGCCAACGCUCUUUAUGCCCUGUCCGUGCUAACUAUUCAGAAUGCCACUGCAACCGCAACAUCUAGUCGUAAGCAAUCCCUACAAAACUUGCGUACCCAACAAGCCUACAAUUACUACGAUAAAGCUAAGGAGGCCGAAAAACGAUUUGAAUAUUUGUAUGGUCACGCGCCGGAAAUGUCAGAAGUUAAACGUACAGCUAUCACGUUAUUCGAAACGAAAUCUUCGCGUGAUUCGAAAAAUGAGAAACCAAAAAACACUCAAUUGGAAGCUGAACGAUUAGCGCCCAUUUUGCAGCAGCUACUUUCGAUGCAGCCACAACCUAAUUUAGCGACGGCUGCUGGUGUUACUGGUGCUGGAUCAAAUGGUAGCGGAAUAAUCGGCAAAAGAUGUCUUAAUUGUGGAAGUGAAACGCGCAAAGACGAGAACGGGGAAAUCAACGAGGAAAAGAAACACAAAUUGUUAAUCUGCGCUGGAUGCACCAAUGCCUAUUAUUGCUCGAAGGAAUGUCAGAAGAAGAAUUGGAAACAAGGACAUAAACAACAAUGUGGAAGUUUAAAACAGGUUGCAUUAAAACAAGCUGCACAAAGUGGAUAA